GACUACAUACCGGGGAAGAUGGAAAAGGACCAACCGGACUCCUUGGCAACUGUGGCAGUUGUCUCGGAAAAGAUGGCACAUCCGCCUCAUAGUAAUUACGCGCCCAGCGAGGUGUAUUCUUCUACCGAACCGCCACCGGCAUACAUGAGGCCAAAGAGUACGGCGGUUCAAAUCGCUAGAAUCGCGGCUGUCACGUUGGUGACGAUGUCCGUGGUCCUCGGAAGCUUCAUCCUUGCAGCGUCCUGGGUCCAGGCUCGUGCAUCCUGCACCCCCGAAUCGAUUGCCGCGAUGCAAGCCGAACUUAGAUUGCAGCAACAGCAACAGCAACCGUCUUCCGUUUCUUAUCAGCAAGCUGAAUUCUUGAAACAUCUGCAACCGGAAGCUCUCGUCCAGGAUACCAGCGAUACGAAGGAGGUUCAACAGUCUCUCGCUGAGCAAACACCGUCGAAGAAAGAGGCAGAGCCGGACACCAAGGACGUCAAAGUUCACAAGGAGAAUGAGAACAACUCGAAGUCGGACAACGAAAGCGGUGACCAUGACGAUGACGACGAUGACUACGACGACGACGAAUUUCCUCCCGUGCAUAUUAAACUUCCCCUGCAAUUCGAUUUCGACGAAAUCGCGGGCACCUUGAUCCAAGAGGCACGCAGCAGAGUUUCUUGCGUGGUCGAAAGACGAAGAGCCGAUCAGGUGAUGGACGGUGCUAAUAACAAUAAUGUUGAAAAUAAUACUGACUCUCGUUACCAAAGAUUGAGCGGAGAGCGUGUCGCUAUCUUGUGCGAAUCUGGCAAUCCUCAUCAAGAGCAACAAGAUCAAGAAAUGCUCACGCCAAUCAUCAUUCCUCUGGGAACCGUCCAAGUACCACUUCAAUCCCAGGAACCGAACCCGGCUUACCAUCAAUAUCAAGUGCACACUCAGUAUCAAGUUCCUGAUAUGCAACAGUUACCACUUAGCGACCCACGUGGACUCAAUCAUAUCCCACCUGGUGUCCUUCCCCCAGAAUUGCGAAAUAUCCCUCAAGUAACCAUGGAAAUGAGGCCUCCACGUAUGGGACCACAAACGCCCAUGAUGGGACCGCAAGCUCCUGCGAUGGGACCUCAAGUCGAGAUACGUCGGAUUCCCAUCGAGUUGCGUCAUUUCCCGGCGAAUCCUAUGAGAGGUAUGCGACCACCGAUGCCCCAAGAACCGCAACAAGUGCCACUGACGUAUCAACAAAUUGAGCAAACAUCUGGACUUUACAACCAGGAGCAAGAACCAGCGAUGAUGCCUCCUCCAGCCCCGCAACCAGAAGCUCAAGUUCACGAGCAACGGAUUAUUCCUCAUAUGUUGAUCCCGCAAACCGAGCAACGUCCACUCCAGAUACAACCUCAGAUGCAACCUCAGAUACAACCUCAAAUGCAGCCUCAAAUGCAGCCUCAAGCUCAGCCUCAGCCGCAACCACAAUCGCAAUCUCAAGUUACCGAGACGCAACGUUCACCUUUCCAAGGAAUCCCGUUCGAAAUUCGAAGGAUUAUUCAACAAGUGCCUUUGGAAAUCAAAAAUAUAAUUCAGCAUAUUACUGGCGAAGCAAGACCGAUACCUAUGCAAAUACCUGAAGGCGCUCGCCGUGAGAACGUUCAAGAAUUCAAGCCGUUCCCGGAAGGAGCUCAACCUAUUCCUGUAGGACUUCCACUUCCCGUCGAAGUUCGAAAUCUGUUGGAACAUGGAAAUGUCGAGGGUCGUCAACGGUCGGAUAGUUCCAGCGAACAACAGGAAGCGAAAUCUUUCUCUGGACCGGAAGACGACAGUGAAGAGGAAAGAAAUUUCCCUUUACCAGCGGAAAUUCGUAAUAUAAUUAACCAGGUUGUAGAAGGUAAUGCUUUCCCAAGAUUCACUCUACCGUUAAGACCUGUAGAAUCUCUGGAAAUACCUGUAGAAGCUCGUGCUGAAGUUUCUGAUAGUCAAAGCCUUGAACAAGAAUCGGAGCAAAGACAGCAAGAACAACAGCAGCAACAACAGCAACAGCAACAACAACAGACAACUCAUAUGAUGAUGCAACAGCAACAAAUACAACAGCAGCAACAGGAGCAAGAAGAGGAAAGCCGCCCACACUAUGUCCAACCACGUUCAGUGCGUUCCAUUCCAGAAGCAUUCACUCAUCGCCGUGAGAAGCGUGUGCGCCGUUGCGCUUGUGAUUGCGCUUGUUAAUUUCAGUUACAACAUAUCGGAUCGAAAUUCCCAUCGUCCCAGUCAAAGAGGAUGCCCGAGAAAGAAUAAAAGCAUCUUGAAAUAUAUUUGACGAGUUCCCAUAAUUCAAAAGAACAUUUUACCAUCCCAGCAAAUGAUUCUCUUUUUCAAUUUUACGUUUUUAUAAAAAUUUUAUGAAUGUAAACUAGACCAAAUAUAAAAGACAAAAUGGGACGUAUGUCGAAGAGAUUAAAAGCGUUUUGUUAA